UGUCGUUCUAUUGAAUUCAAUUUCAUCACAUCAAGCAACAAGAACAAAACAACCAACCCCCCCCCCCAACCUGGCUACUGCUCCAAAAUUGCACCCCCCACAGAAUGUCAGGUCAACAUCCGAUCGUGACUGCAACACGCUCCAUCGACGACCUGGCCAGCGACCUGUUUGCCUCAGUGGUGGACGAGGAGAUGUUGACGGCCGCAAUGCCGGACGGCGUGAGGCCAGACAGUGACUUUUUCCUCGGCGUGACCGAGUUUGACUUGCCAGAGCUGGAGGGCGACCCAACCGUGGAUGCGCUGUUGCAGCCAGGACCACCAACGCACCGUGCUGCAAUGCGCUCCUUGUCAGACCUGGUUGUCAAAAUGACGCUGAAACCAGCCGAUCUCGUGUUGGGAACAGCUUCAUCGCAGCCUGCUCCGGGGUUUACGCAAGACAUUUCCGCGUUCCCGCACGAGCUACGGCAGCCGCAUCAGUUGCUUUCGGGCGCACCUCUGCUCCACAUGCAACGGGAGAACGAUGGUGGUGCUGGCAUUCCUCAAACACCCGCGUCCGCCACGUCGUCAGUCUCGUUCUCCAGCGAGUUUGCCGCGCACAUGUCGCUGUCGGCCGGGGGUACCCCGAGCACAGACGGCAGCAGUCCUGCCGCUGGCGGCGGCGUCACAAAGACCCCAUUGCACCGUGUCUCGCGCACCUUUGACAGCGCGCGGCGCCCGUCGUCGUCGUCAAGAGGCAGCUCCUUCGAUCAAGGCCUGGAGGAUUAUUCCGUCCAUUCCAAUAAUCACGUCGGAGUUGUCGUCUCGGCAGCUUCUCCCGUGAACUCGUCGACAGAACCUUCCCCCGGCCCUGCUGGCGACAUGAGUGCCCCGCGCGAGCACGCACGAGCAAAACGCGAGCGAAGCUUGGCAUCGCAGUUGCUGGAUGGGCGCGACGUUAUCCGACGCGAUUUUGACGAGUACACGCCCACGACGUCCGCGGCGACGACCGCCAGUCGAGCACCACACUCGACCAAUAUUGUCGACGGUUUGCUAAUCACAUCGUCGCUUGAUCUCAUGCUGCAACCCAAGCGCAAGGUCCGCCGCAGCAGAAGCCACAGCGAUCCCCAGCUUUUCAACGACCGGCACGACAAUGGCAUGGACGAUUUCGAUGUCAACGAUGUCAUUCCGACUGCGACAACCAUGAAUCUGGCUGCGGACGGCAGCGCGCUCUCACAAUUGCUCAACGGUGUUGAACUUCCCCACCAGUUGCAACAGCGUCGCAUGCACGAGCUGACUGCUGUUCUCCCGGGUGCCUCCACCCUACGACGAGACGAUCUGGCUGUAUGGGCGUCAUCAGCAAGCAAAGCUGAUCAGUAUCCCGUGUUUUCGCCACAGCAGCCAUCCUUCCACCAAGCGCCCUCCGCCCAACAACAUCAACAUCAGCAGCAACAUCCACAGCAUCAGCAGCAACAUCAGCAGCAACAUCAGCAGCAACAUCAGCAGCAACAUCAGCAACAGCAACAGCAACAUCAACAGCAGCAACAACAGCAGCAAUUCCAAUUACAGCCUCAAGUGCAGGCGCAGCAACACCUCCAUCACCAGCAGGCGUUCCAGGACCACUCCUCUCACCAUCAACACACUUCGACUCAUUCCGACAGUCAAUACCGCCCUGUGGUGGCCUACAAUGCCGAUGGUGGCAUUACGAUUGCGCUUCCGCCAAAAUCUGCAGACUCGAAGCAGACCCACAGUUCAAACUCCCACUCGCCUGCUCAGUAUGCUUCAAAUGGAAUGUUAAAUCUCGACGUCGGGCCAGGGUCAAUGGAAGAUGACCAAAGCUCAGGUCGACAAGCAAGCAGACUGCAUCCCAGCCUUGCUGGUCGUCCACCGCUGAUUCGUCGUCGCAGCAACUCGAUGCCAAACAUUUCCAUCACUAUUAUUUCUCCCAACGAUCCCGCGGCUGCCGCUUCCCAAAUGGAACAAAUGCAAAUGCUGCUUCAAGAUCCUCGGAAACUCAUUUCUAAAAAUGGUGACUUGGUCAACGUCAAUCUCGGCUCCAUCACCGGGAGCGUGUCUUCCAGCCCAGCUUCGCCCUCGGGAGCUUCAUCUCCGUUGUCCUCGCUUGUAUCAUUGAUUCAACAGCAGCAACAACAACAUCAGCAGCAGCAACAGCAACCACAACAACAGCCACAACCAGUGCACUUGUUCUCGCAGUCACCCCAGCUUGCGUCUCCGUCCGCACAGACUGUCACCAAUCAGGCUGCCCAAAUUCAACAGCUUCUUCUUCAGAUGCAGACACAGCAACAACAGCAGCAGCAGCAGCAGCAGCUCAGUCCGGUGGAUUUGCAGACGCAGCAAUUGCAAAUGCUCCAACAGCAACAAGCCGCGCUUAUUUCGCAGCUCCAAAGCCUGCAAGCGUCAACUUCACCGAGCCUUUCUCCGCGGUCUUCGUUCUCAAACCUGCCGCAGUUGAACAUUCCCUCGCCAGCAAACUCCCUCCCUUCCCUUCCGUUACUGGGCCCGCAAACCACGUCCCUCAAUUCAUACAACCCAUUGCUGAGUUUGCUGCUUCAGCAACAACAGCAACAACAGCAUCAGCAGCAACAGCAAUUGGCCCAGCAACUUGCCCAACAACAGCUUGCGCAGCAGCAAUUCGCUCAACACCAGCUCGCUGCCGCCCUUUCUCCGGGUGCGGGCGACCUCCAAUUUUCAAUGAUGAAUGGUUUUGGAAAUGGAGGCGUGAGGUCACGGCAGGGGUCCAUUUCAGACCCAAUGUCGCCAAUGGCGCAAGCGCAAUUUUCACCGCAAGUUUAUCCUCCCUCCUUGCACCAGCCUCCAGGAAUGACGCAACCACCCAGCAUGCACCAGCCUCCCAUUCAGCAGCAGUUUCACCAUGCACCAGCAGUGUCGGCGCAUCCGCCCCCUCCUGCCCGACAAGGUUCGGACGGUGCGGGCAGUCGGAACUGGGAGUUUCGUGCAUUCGCACCUCGCACGGAACACAAGGCUGCGCCCACUCCGUCGAAUAACAAUUGGCACUUCCGAGCCGAAACUGGCAAUAAAAAGCCCCGGACAUGAACGCAACCUUGCUUGCCGUUUGUUGGUCGUUUGUCGGAACCUAGUUCUUACCGCAUUAUCCUCUUUGAAAAUAAAGUUACAUGAACCAA